CGCGCAGCUGAUUCCAGUGAAUGUGUUGUUCGUGCAGAGCGGAGCCGAGACUGGAGGAGAGAAACAACAAAGAGGGGGUGGGGAGAGGCGCACUGGAGGCAGAGGACAAAACAACGCCCGCCAAGAAAUUAUCAGUUCCAUGGACUCCCAGUACAGCCUCCUCCUCUGCUCAUGAUGAAGAGGAUCUUCACACAUCCAGCAGUGCCAUCAGCAGUACCACAACAGCAGGGACCCCAGAAUCCCUAGGAUCGCCUCUGAGUAUACUGCAAUGGAAAAUUUAUAGAUACAAGGAAGAGGAACAUGAAGCUGCUCUACAUUUGAAAUACUCUACCAAAUGCCCUUAAGGAUUUACAGUCUGAGUAUUUCCAGUAUUUCCCUCUUCAACUCCUUCAACAUUCAGUUAAGUUUUAGGGGCGGGAGCAGUUCCCCCCAUACUGCAUGUCAAUGCCCGGUUGAUAUUCAUGCUGUUGGUAACAGGAAGUCACUCAGAACAAGUGAACAGGUUUGUACCAGAGCUUCAGCUCACCAACACUGACCGAACAUGAAACACCUUCUGCUACUUCUGCUGCUGCUCAUCCUUCAGAUCCUUCAGAUCAACAUGGACCGAAUUGAGAGGAACCAAGACUGUGCAUGGCGUUGUUCUGAGGAACUACACUGUAAACAAAGAGCUUACUCUCCACUGUCAGUGUCUCACUGCAAGAAUCAACCUGUUAACAGCACCGUAUUCUCUAAUGUGACUCUGUCCACUGUAUUGGGAUGUGAGGGGAGAACAUGUUCACUGCAACUCAGAAUUGCAACCUCAGUGAAUAUUACCGUUUUGUGUCAUGGAAUGCUUAGCAGGAAGGAGGACCCAAGCACAAGAAUGAGGGAAAAUGAGAUCCGUGGAGUUUCAGUGUGUGCCGACUCUGCGGGGAUGAUGGGACAUUGUCAGAUUUAUAAAUUUGGCCAAGUUGCCGGUGGAAAUGAAACAGGAAAACAGGUGGAUGUGCAGUUUAAGUGUGUCCCUGUUAGACCUGGACAGCAUUUAUUUGUAACUCUCAAAACGAUUCCAAACUACUGUAAGGCCAUGUGGAUACAAAGACACCUUGUUCCCGAAUGCAGUCAUGAAGGCAUCGGAGAUGAAAUUGCAGAGUGCAUCACUGGAAAGCUGGUGUAUACUGUAGAUAAAUCCAGGAGGGAGAUAACGGUGUCAGUGACUCAUGCUCCUGAAGACACAGAUUAUAAUCUCAGGCUCUGCCAUAAACGUAGUGCAAUUUGUGCAGCGGAAGGGACACAUAAAAUGAUCAAACCACCAAAUGUACACAGAAGUGUAUCUUUUCAGUAUUCCAAAGCCCUACCCUGUUUGUGCAUUGAGGGCUGGCCUGCCAGAGUUGAUGCAAGGAGAGUUCAAGUGUGUCCAUUCAGAAAUAAUUUGGAGGAGUUGUGGUCUGGGAUAACCUAUGACCCAUACAAGGAAGAAUUAAAAUGGGAGCCGUUGUGUCCUGUCAAAGUGUCUGUUUCUCUUUGCCAUGCUGAUGGAGGGAAUAGCUGCCGGGACCUUGGAAAUGCAUUCUAUUCUGAAGGACAAAAAGUGAUAUUCUCUUCCGUGGAUCCACACCCUAUGCUUUGCACGAAGUUUACCACUGAUGUCGAGACAUGGAUAAAGUGUCCUUUCGCCAAAAGGAAUUUCACAGUUUGGAGAGCGAAGUUUGCAUCCAGGGAUGGUCAGCACUGGGCAGAGAUAUCAUCUUGGGUUAAAGCCAACUUUUCUGUUGCCCUCUGUGAGACAAAACCAUCCUCUCAGUGCAAACAAAUGGAGAGAAAUAUAUCACAAAUCAUAUCUGUGGACAGCAUGAAGCACACAGCUUUCAACUUGGCUAGAAGUGCGUGUGAAGUGUGUGUUUGCAUCCAGGUGCAGAGGGUGGGCGUACAGUUUUCAGUCCCUGUUCUACAGUGCGAAUUGCAGUGUUCAAUGUGGUGUCGUUACCCAGACAGAAGUUACAUUCAGGAGAUGGAAAAGAUCAUCAUGCCCGCUGCCAUUUUUCUGACAGUGAUUUUGGCAGUUGCCUUAGUUGGUAAAAUGACGAUAAGAGAUGGAGGCAAGAGGAGAACAGUGUGGACAAAACUUGCGUGUCAGGGGACGAGACAGUGACACAUACAGCAAGUGAGGAUGUGGAAUGUGGGGCAGUUCUCAAUGCAGGAUGUUUGACUUUAUUAUUAGGACUGAAGCUUCAGAAUGACAACAUAAUUCUUACAUCUUGUGUGAUGCAUGCAUGAAUGUUGUAAAAGCUGAUAAAUGUAUAUAAAUGCAAUUGUUAUGUCUGUAUGAAUGUUUAUUGAGGGCUGCCAACAAAUGGCUUACUUGUAGCUGUCUCUGCCUAAUAAGCUUGGAUGGGAGGAAGUAUUUUAACAUCAUAUAAAAAUUACACACUUCACCAUUUAAAGCAUAUAUAUGUAAAAAAGGCUGAGAUUAAGUGACACAUAUUAAUUGUUUCCCGUCAUUUCAUUCCUUCAGUUUUCCUUUCAUAUUUCCUGACUUUGCAUAAUAAAAUGUUCUUGUAGCC